GAACCAGCUGUUCUCUCUGCUCGUUCUGUUGGUGAAUCAAGUACUCCAUCUAUCGCCUCCAUGGUUGCUCCUCCAGUCGCUACUACUCCUUCCGGAAACCUCCAAUCUUCUGAAUCUCUCGCUAAGGAACAAGAAGACGAAGUUGAUGAAGAAGUUGUCAAUGAUAUGUUUGGUGGUAAGGACCACGUUUCCAUUAUCUUCAUGGGUCACGUUGAUGCCGGUAAAUCCACCAUGGGUGGUAACAUUCUUUACUUGACUGGAUCAGUUGAUAAGCGUACUGUUGAAAAAUACGAACGUGAAGCCAAGGAUGCCGGUCGUCAAGGUUGGUACUUAUCUUGGGUUAUGGAUACCAACAAGGAAGAAAGAAACGAUGGUAAGACCAUUGAAGUUGGUAAGGCAUAUUUCGAAACCGAUAAGAGAAGAUACACUAUUUUAGAUGCCCCAGGACACAAGAUGUACGUUUCUGAAAUGAUUGGUGGUGCUUCCCAAGCCGAUGUUGGUAUCUUGGUUAUUUCUGCCAGAAAGGGUGAAUACGAAACCGGGUUUGAAAAAGGUGGUCAAACUAGAGAACAUGCCUUAUUGGCCAAGACACAAGGGGUUAAUAAGAUCAUUGUUGUUGUCAACAAGAUGGAUGAUCCAACUGUUGACUGGUCCGAAGAAAGAUAUAACGAAUGUACUACUAAGUUGGGUCUCUUCUUAAAGGGUAUUGGAUAUAACAAGGACGAUAUUGUCUACAUGCCAGUUUCCGGUUACACCGGUGCCGGUUUGAAGGACCGUGUUGAUCCAAAGGUUUGUCCAUGGUAUUCUGGUCCUGCAUUAUUGGAAUAUUUGGAUAACAUGGAACAUCUUAACCGUAAAAUCAAUGGUCAUUUCAUGUUGCCAAUCUCCGGUAAGAUGAAGGAUAUGGGUACUGUUGUCGAAGGUAAGAUUGAAUCCGGGCACAUCAGAAAGAAUGGUAAUUUGUUAUUGAUGCCAAACAAGACUUCUGUUGAAGUAUUGACUAUUUAUAACGAAACCGAACAAGAAUGUGACGUUGCUUACUCUGGUGAACAAGUCAGAUUAAGAUUAAAGGGUGUUGAGGAAGAAGAUUUACAACCAGGUUACGUCUUGACUUCUCCACAAUUUCCAGUCAAGACAGUCACCAAGUUUGAAGCUCAAAUUGCUAUUGUUGAAUUAAAGUCUAUCUUGUCCAAUGGGUUCUCUUGUGUUAUGCAUUUACAUACUGCUAUUGAAGAAGUCAAGUUUGUUGAAUUGAAACAUAAAUUAGAAAAGGGAACUAAUAGAAAAUCCAAGAAGCCACCAGCAUUUGCUAAGAAGGGUAUGAAGAUUAUCGCCGUUUUGGAAGUUAAUGAAUUGAUUUGUGCUGAAACUUAUAACAACUAUCCACAAUUGGGAAGAUUCACAUUAAGAGAUCAAGGAACAACCAUUGCAAUUGGUAAGAUUACCAAGUUAUUGUAAGUAUUAUAUACUCUCCUCUUCUUUUAGUAACUGAUCAAAUAUAUCAAUUAAAUUUUCAAUUCCCUGUAGGAUAUUUUCAUCAUGACCUUGACCAGGGACGUAUUUUGCGUGAGCGAAAUCAAUAAUAUUGAGCGAACUUACCGGGGCUUCCUCUUCCUCUUCUUCUUCGUCAUCAUCAGCUAGAUUACAUUCUCGAAUCAAUGGAUCGUAUGUUUGAUAGUAUUCUUCUUCAUCAGCAAGUGCAGUCUGCCACUUUUGUAAAUCAUUUUCAUAAAUGAAUAAUAAACUUCCUGAAAAGAUUCUCACUUCGUAGUCCAAUAGACAAUUAUAUAGUAAUUGUAAUCGUUUAUGGAACCUGUCUAGCAACCUUAUGACGAUUUCUUGUCCAUUAGGCACUUUUUUUAAAUGAUGGGUAAAGAAAAGUCGGAUUCCGUCCUUGAUAUUCUUACUAUCUAACGAACGUCCAUAAAACUUGUUGAAUUCUAAAUAAUUGUCUUUUUCGCCAGAACUGUUAAUCGACACUGACGAAUCAUUCAUUUUUUCAUAGAGCUCGUUCGGUUUAUCUACAGACUCACCAUUAUACACCUUCAUACCACAUAUUCUAAAGUUAUGCAGGCCCGAAGUAGUUGAUUCGCUGACUUUUUGUAACCUUUCAAUCUUCUCCGGUGCGGUCACUUCAUCAUCAGUUAAUUUGGCCCCUAAUUUAAUAUCAAGAAUGCUUGGAUGGGCAUACCCAGAAUAGCAAUUCCCCAACACGACAUAUUGUUUAUCCGUUGGUUGGGAAGGACCAUGUAUAUGGCCAGGAGCAGCUACUGAAUUGACAUCAGUUUCAGAGAGCGUGCCCAUGAAAAGUGGCAUCCAAUCAACUAGCUUGGUUCCUGGAAUGCGUUCGUUGCCAUCGCUAUCAUCAGCUUGAGUCUUGGCAUAGAAAUCGAUCUCCUGAGAAUUGGUUAGUUUUAUGAAAAGAGAUCCAUCUUCUAAUGUAAGACAGCCAUCAUGACCUGCUGCCUGGUGCUUUGACGGGACAUACGGUGAAAGUGUGGCCAUUUUUGUAUGGGGACCAUUCACGGU